GUGCGGAGCCGGAGGAGGGGGAAGGAGGGAGGGGAGAGCGGUGGCGGCGGCUGCGCCGGGCUCCGUGUCUCUCGCCGCCGGAGGAAGAUGAGGCUGAAGAUUGGGUUCCUCUUACGCAGUCUGCUGGUGCUGGGAAGCUUCCUGGGGCUAGUGCUGCUCUGGUCUUCCCUGUCCCCGCGCCCGGACGACCCGAGCCCGCUCAGCAGGAUGAGGGAAGACAGAGAUGUCAAUAACCCCAUGCCUAACCGAGGAGGCGAUGGAUUAGCUCCUGGGGAUGACAGAUUCAAACCUGUUGUACCAUGGCCUCAUGUUGAAGGCGUAGAAGUGGACUUAGAGUCUAUUAGAAGAAAAAACAAGGCGAAAAAUGAACAAGAGCGACAUGCUGGUGGAGAUAACCAGAAAGACAUAAUGCAGAGGCAGUAUCUCACAUUUAAGCCUCAAACAUUCACCUACCGAGAUCCUGUGCUACGUCCAGGGAUCCUUGGUAACUUUGAACCCAAAGAACCUGAGCCUCACGGAGUGGUUGGUGGCCCUGGAGAGAACGCGAAGCCAUUGGUUUUGGGACCAGAAUUCAAACAUGCAAUUCAAGCCAGCAUUAAAGAGUUUGGAUUUAACAUGGUGGCAAGUGACAUGAUCUCACUGGACCGCAGCGUCAAUGACUUACGACAAGAAGAAUGCAAGUAUUGGCAUUAUGAUGAAAACCUGCUGACUUCCAGUGUUGUCAUCGUCUUCCAUAACGAAGGAUGGUCAACCCUCAUGAGAACAGUCCACAGUGUAAUUAAAAGGACUCCGAGGAAAUAUUUAGCAGAAAUUGUGUUAAUUGAUGAUUUCAGUAAUAAAGAACACUUAAAAGAAAAACUAGAUGACUACAUUAAGCUGUGGAAUGGCUUGGUGAAGGUAUUUCGAAAUGAGAGAAGGGAAGGUCUGAUUCAAGCACGAAGUAUUGGUGCUCAGAAAGCCAAACUUGGACAGGUUUUGAUAUACCUUGAUGCCCACUGUGAGGUGGCGGUUAACUGGUAUGCACCACUUGUAGCUCCCAUAUCUAAGGACAGAACUACAUGUACUGUGCCUCUAAUAGAUUACAUAGAUGGGAAUGAUUAUUCCAUUGAACCACAGCAAGGUGGGGAUGAAGAUGGUUUUGCCAGAGGGGCCUGGGACUGGAGUUUACUAUGGAAACGUAUUCCUCUAAGCUACAAGGAAAAGGCCAAAAGAAAACAUAAAACUGAACCUUAUCGGUCCCCUGCCAUGGCUGGUGGAUUAUUUGCCAUUGAACGAGACUUCUUCUUUGAACUGGGUCUGUAUGAUCCAGGUCUCCAGAUUUGGGGUGGUGAAAACUUUGAGAUCUCAUAUAAGAUAUGGCAGUGUGGUGGCAAAUUACUGUUUGUCCCUUGCUCUCGUGUUGGACACAUCUACCGUCUUGAGGGUUGGCAAGGGAAUCCUCCACCCAUUUAUGUUGGGUCUUCUCCAACUCUAAAGAAUUAUGUUAGAGUUGUAGAGGUUUGGUGGGAUGAAUAUAAAGACUACUUCUAUGCUAGUCGUCCUGAAUCAAAGGCAUUACCAUAUGGAGAUAUAUCUGAGCUGAAAAAAUUUCGAGAAGAUCACAACUGCAAAAGUUUCAAAUGGUUCAUGGAAGAAAUAGCUUAUGAUAUAACUUCACACUACCCUCUACCUCCCAAAAAUGUCGAAUGGGGAGAAAUCAGAGGGCUUGAGACUGUUUACUGCAUUGACAGCAUGGGGAAGACAAAUGGAGGCUUUGUUGAACUAGGACCCUGCCACAGGAUGGGAGGCAAUCAGCUUUUUCGAAUCAACGAAGCAAAUCAACUCAUGCAGUAUGACCAGUGUUUAACAAAGGGGCCUGAUGGAUCAAAAAUUAUGAUUACACACUGUAAUCUAAAUGAAUUUAAGGAAUGGCAGUACUUCAAGAGUCUGCACAGAUUUACUCACAUUCCUUCAGGAAAGUGCUUAGAUCGCUCAGAUGUCCUACAUCAAGUGUUCAUCUCCAAUUGCGACUCCAGUAAAAUGACUCAAAAGUGGGAAAUGAACAACAUCCAUAGUGUUUAGAAAAAAUAAAAGGAACCAAUAACCUACCUACUGACACGUACAUUUAUACAGGACUGAAAAUCGCCUGAAACCUGCUGCAACUAUUAUUAACUCUGUACAGCUCCGAACCCAGAACCUCCUGAUCAGUUUGAAGGACGUUGAUAAACUGUGAUUUUACAAUAACAUUAUCAUCUGCAGUUACUGUUUACAAAACUGCUUUUACCUUAAACUUUGUAGAUGUUUACAUCUUUUUUUGUUUUAAGAUGAUGUUGGUAAUUUGUGCAUUUAGCUCUGUUUUAUUUAGAAUAGAGUUAAAAGCAUUGUUGUCUUCUUUGGGAUUACACUCAGGGGUCUGAAAGGCAGUUUGAUUUUUUUUUUUUUUUAACACACUUGAAAAAAGGUUGGAGUAACCAGACUUUCAUAUAUAACUUGGUGAUUAUCAACCUGUUGUGUCUUUAUUUAAUUUUACAUCCUUAUGAAGCACUGCCACAGGUUCUUAGCCAAGGUGGCCUUCCUUCACAGUCAUGCUGCUUUUUUGAAAGGUGAAUUUCAACACAUUUAGUGCCUCUUUCAUUUCUCAGUAUAUAUUUCAAGAGCUUUUGAUGAAAUUUAUAAGACAGUAAUGAUGGAAUUGUCAUCUGUAUGAGGAAUAUUCUUACUUCUCAGAAACGAAUUUAUGUGCUACCAUUUGCUCUGAAAUUGAAUGUUUUAUGGCUUGAAAAAGAAAAUACAGUAUAGAACAUCCAAGGCUAUUUCAUAGGGUUGAAGAUUAUAUGGCAUUAAUUCCCUUACUUGUUGGCAUUCCCAACACUGUUGAUACUGACUCCUAAGAUAGCAAAGGGGAACUAUCAACUAGAGAAAAAUUGUCCACUAGUAUCUGGGAUUUACUUUUCUCCAAUAUCUAUCACUACAGAAAAUUAAUCCUUAAUUUUGAAACCUUGAAGUGUGCAGGGGUAACAGAAACAAUAAAACACCGCUGUAAACACAUCAAAGGUUCAUUCUGACCAAGGUAAGAAUUCCCAAGCCCUUGUUAGAUUAAGCCUUACAAAACUCCUGUGCAUUAUAACCUAAGCUGUGCAGCCUCUGAAGCCAAGAGUAAAUGGGUGUUUCAUGUAUAUCUUCAUCCAAAUGAAAUUCCCUCUACAUUUUUUAAAUAAAAAAAGGCUAUUUAAAAAUAUAGUUCAUUAAUAAAUAUGAACUUCUGUUAAGUUAGCUGUUAGUCCCCUAGUAUUUCUUAAUUUUUUUUUUUUUAGGAAGCAUAUUUCUAUUAGUAUUUUUCCAGUGAAAAGAAGACUUGUCUGGAUUUAAACACUUAUUUAAUAGUAGCUACUAUAGGAAAACCAAAUAGUGCAACUGGUCAAUUCAAUUUUAAUCUAAAUAAGUCUUUUGUUACCCAAAAGAUUAAAAUGCUACAGAGUACAAAAAAAAAAAAAAAAAAAAAAAAAGGAAAGAAAGAAAGAAAAAGGAAAAAAAACCUGAUGAAGUGGGGAAUGGCAAGUAAAUUAAGCAUUUUUGAUCUUGUAAUCAUGAUAUCAUUACAAUGAAAGGAAUUUCACAAACUACUGCCAGAGGGAACUGUUUCUAAUUAAAGCUUAAAAAAGGAAAGAAAAAAAAAAUCUACAUUUGUUUAGAAGAAAAGCCUACAAAUUUGUUUCUUCCAAGCUUAGCUCCUAAAUUUGGAGAGUCAAACAUCCUGAACAGUUUUAUUUAUGAUUUUGAAUUGUCAAUUUAUAUUUUGCUACUGAUCUGUGAUCAACCAUUUUAACUUUCAUUCAUCUCUAGGGAUGUUUAAAAAGAAUACAUUUAUAUAUGCUUAUAUAAUUGCAAAAUAAAUCAACAAUAAAAAGGAAACUAAGAGAAUUGGUACUUUAAUUACUUGUGUCUUUGCAAAUAGGCUCCAUUUUCCUUGUUGAAUAGAUUAUAACUUGUUAACUAUGCAUAGGCCUAAGAAAGGUGGCACAUAAACUGUGCAUGUAAAUUUUAAAUGGGUAUUUUGUGCAAUUCGUUGAUACUCUAUGAAAAUGAUUCUAUAUUAUUGAAAUCAGAAACCUUACCAAACAUGAAAAACAUCAGAAGCUGCUGCCAUAUGACUAUUUUCUACUGUAGCCUGCUUUGGAAAUAAUUCACAUAUCCUUGCUUUGUAAGUUAAUAAUAUCACUAUGCAUUUCUACACAUUUUAUAAAUUUGAUUUAUGCAGAUUUUGAUACACUGUAUGUUUCUGUAGAAAUUGUAUAAAAUUCAAAUUUUAUUAGGGAUAAUUUUGAGAAGUUUAUGUAUAUCUUAAUUCUGGGUUGCUUGUUUUUUAGGUGAGAAAAAAUAAAAUACUGUAUUUUAAUCCAUGAA